AAAACCAUAUUCUAGCUUGGUUGUGUUUUAUUUUAUUGCGUGUGUUAUAUUUUUAUUGUAUCAUUCGGCUACUUAUGCUCCUAUCUAUAACUGAUUGCAAUAUGCUCUCCUCAGUGCUCCUAGUGGCGGCUUCAUGCGCGGCGCAGCGCGGCAGCCGGCAGGGCGGCUGGGCGGGCGGGCGCCAAGGCGGGCGGGCGGCGCGUGGCGACUGGGACAUCCGCCUCGCGGUGCCGGGGCAGCCCGGCGGGGACUACCCCACGCACGGGGGCAUUCCCAAGACCUCCUUCACGUGUGCCGGGAAAUCUCCAGGUUAUUACGCAGACAUUGAGACGGACUGCCAGGCGUUCAGGGUCUGCACCGCCGGAGCUACAUUUGGGUUUCAAUCCUUCCUCUGUCCAAACGGAACCUUGUUCAACCAAGCCGUAGUGGUCUGUGAUUGGUGGAUGAACGUCAAGUGUGAGAACACUCAACAGCAUAUCGACGACAGCAACCAGAAGUUCAGCAAUCUGAGAGUUGGCACCCAGUUCAUGCACGACAUUCAGAAGAUGCUGACUCAUCCUAUGAGGAACCCAUACGACCAAAACCUGAUGAAAGGCAACUUGAUCGUGAUGCAAGAGUACCGGCCGCCGGCAGGACAGCUCUUCCCAAUGUCAUCGCUCACUUUUGGCUCGAAGAAUCGUCCGGAAAAUGUCUACGUUCCUAGUGCCAAAUUAGUACAACAAAGUUUUGACAACGCCAUAUCAGCAUCAACUGUGAGCCCCCUUUACAGUGCUCCUGCAAAUAGACUCCAAGCUCCGAGAGGAAAUGAAUUGUUCCAGAAACAACAGCAAUAUGUACAAAGCCAUCGACACAAUAAUGGUCACUACGUUCAACCAAACAGCAUUCAAAGCGGGAAAUACGUUCAACCUAGUUUAGCACAAAGCGGUAAAUAUGUUGAAGCUAAUCAUCAAGAAAAUAGCCAAAAAUACAACCAGCAGACGUAUGCGCAAAACAAUCAGUACCAAAAUCAUAAUUAUGAUCAGCCAUCUGGAAACCUUCAUAAAAAUUCACAGUCCAGUAGACUUACACAACAACAGAACGCUCAUUUCACAAAUAAUGCUCUAAGACAACAACAAGAACAACAACAACAAAUACUUCAACAGCAACAACAGCUCAUACAGCAACAGCAACAACAACAACUUCAACAGUUACAACAACAGCAACAACAAUUGCAGCAGCAACAGCAACGGUUGAUUCAACAAAACCUUAAUUAUAAUCAAGGAAAUCUAAGAUACAAUCAAGCUCAGGCAAACAUUCAACAAAAUGAAUUAGAAAACCAAAGAGGACAAGUGAAACAGACCGCACAGUACACCGACAACUCACACUCCAACAACGAGAAACAGAAGACUCAAUACGAUGUUGAAUACACCAAACAACAAUACACCGUGAAUCAAGAUAAACAAAACACAUUCAACGCAUCACCGUACUCUAAUCAAAUAAAUGGAAAGGUGUCUGAUGAGGCCAAACAAAACUUGGCAUUGGUAUUUUCAUUCCUCACUGACUCCAUCAAUCAAGCCAGAGAAUACAAAAACAUUGCAGAACAGAACCUACUACAAUCACAUACGCCCUUCCAAAACAUCAACAAUGAAGAAUUGGCCAAAAUCACAAAUGAAGUGGCACAACUCACUUCUGCACAAUUUACUGCCAACAACAACAACAACUUCAACUACCAGCAACAAGCCAACAUCGCCUCUACCGCCCAGAACAUAAACUCGAACAACCAAUUAGGGGUUUCAGCGAAAUACACAAACAACAUUCCUCAACACCAAGUUCAACAGCAAACUAAUUUACAAUCAAAUUCAGUCUCACAACAAAACCUCCAAUCAGGUCAGUUCCAAACAACACGCUUUCAAGGCGGCCAGCAGGACUCACUGAGCGCUAAUCUACAAAUUAAUAACGGUAAUAAUCAGUUGUAUAGCGGGCAACUUUACCAAGUGCCGGUACCAGACGUAUCUAGUCUGUAUAACGGGCUAGGCUCAGGGAAACUUAUCGCGCAGAACAAUAACCGUCAGCAACACACCGAGGCUGCAGACUUGCACCAAGGCGGGGGGGGCAACGACAUCGUGAAACAAUUGCAAUCCAGCGGCGAAGUCGAAAUUGUCCAAUCACAAUCUGUGCCCUACCAAGCACCGGCCAAACUCCAAGCCGCCCCGCAGACAUUCAACAGCCAAGAGGACACUCAGUCGAUACUUGGAAACUUCGCAAGCGGCAACGGAAUAUCCGCGCAGUUGAGCGACAAGAUAGUCGGGACAAUACCGCACCCUUCAGAAGAAAAUAAACUCGUCACAUACAAAAAGGACCAGUCAUACUACGUCUACACAAAGCUAGACGAUUUCCACAAUAACGGGCUCGGCCGCAAUACUCAGGCGAAUAAUGGCGUCAUUCAGGGGAACAAUGGCGGGCAAAGUGCGAAGCUUACACAGAGCAGUAACGCUGACAACGUGGUGUCGUUCCAGCUGAUCCCGUCGGUGGGCUACCAGCUGGAGGACGAGCGCGAACAGCAGAGACUGCUGAACGCGUUCAACAUCGACGAGUUCACGGGCAGCCCGCGAGUGCAGAAUCAAGAAGUGCAGGGUCAGAACGGGAACAUACUGACGAGCAACGUGGAGUAUUCGGUAGAGCAUCCUGUGUCGCAGGGGCAGUACAACCGGCCGAGCACCCUGUACGCGGGGCCGUCGUCCUACUCCGCGCCCCAGGCCUCGGUGGGGCGGCUGGAGCAGCGCGCCCCCGCCGCCGCCCCCGCCAAGAUUGAGCAGCUCGAGGACAACACUAACAGCAAUAGUGGCUACUCGAACGGCACCCCUAGUAGAUCUUUCACAUUUAGAAAAUAAAAUCGUAAUCAAUAAUUAAAUUAUCUAAUUAGGAAACUUAAUUUAAAACUAUGUUAAUGCCAGUAGAUGUAAGAACUUAGUAUAUUUUUUAUGUUUUACUGAGAUUCUAAUUUGUAAAUAAUUUAUCGUAGCAUUUAACUAAU